UCCUCCACCUGCAAACUGUGGGACCUUGGUCGCGCUCCGUAAUCUUUCUGAGCCUCUGUUUUGUCAUCUGGAAAAUGGGCGCAAUUCUAACCUUGGAGGGUUGUUGUCAAGUGCGAACGUGUUUUUCCUAAUAGGCGUUCCAUCGCAGAAAACCUUCCUACGUUUCCUGCGUGACAUCGGGACAUGCAAGAGAGAUUGCCCACGUCUAGAGCAGUGGUCCCCCGCGCCCACCCUUCCCCCAAAUUAAUAUACAAAGCCGUUCUUCUGGGAAAUAGGCUCAGAGAGGGAAAGUGACUUUUCUGGAUCAAACUACUGGUUAAGUGGCAGAACCAGAAAUAAUAACGUUUCAUACGCUGCCCACAAUGCUAUUGAAAACAAAGCUUCACAUCCGCAGAUGUUUUUCUUGGAGCAAAGCGCCUUUUGCCAAACCCUUUGGUGGCCCGGAAACCCUCAUUUCAUCACUUGACUCGAUAAUUGGGAUCAUAGGGAGUUAAGAGAGUUACUUCUAGUCACUUAGUGUGUUUCUCCGAGACCCAGCCGUAAUUGUUUCUUGGAGUAUUGAUGCUGGGAAAUCAUUGCAGACACUUGGGAAUGAGUAUUGCUAUACUGGGACCCACAUUUCAAGAUUUAGCAACUAAUGUGAACAGCAAUAUCAGCAGUCUCUCUCUGAUUUUUGUGGGCCGUGCCUUUGGAUAUUUGAGUGGCUCUGUGAUUGGUGGAGUUCUUUUUGACUGUAUGAAUCAUUUUUUACUUUUGGGGGUGUCAUUGUUGGCUACCACAGUUGGUCUUUAUUUUGUUCCUUUUUGCAAGACAUCAACAUUACUGAUUGUCAUGAUGUCCAUCUUUGGUGCUUCAAUUGGCAUUCUGGAUACAGGUGGUAACGUCCUUAUCUUGGCUAUUUGGGGGAAUGAAGGAGCCCCACACAUGCAGGCCUUACACUUCAGUUUUGCUCUGGGUGCCUUUUUGGCUCCACUGCUGGCUAAAUUGGCAUUAGGUACGACUGUGUCUGCAGAAAACUACACGGAGGCUGACUUUAACCAUUCUAUCCUCAACCAAUCAUCUGACGCUGACUCAGAAUAUAUAUUUGGAGUACCUGACAAUAUGAAUUUACUGUGGGCUUAUGCUGCUAUCGGUACUUACAUUUUUGUAGUUUCUAUCUUUUUGUUUGCUCUGUUUUUAAAGAGCAGCUCAAAGCAGGAAAAAGCAAAGGCAUCUGCUUGGAGAUCUCGAAAAGCUAAAUAUCACAACACCCUUCUUUGUCUCCUUUUUCUUUUCUUCUUUUUUUAUGUUGGAGCGGAGGUAACGUAUGGCUCUUACGUUUUCUCAUUUGCAACCACCCAUGUUGGCAUGAAAGAAGGUGAAGCAGCCGGGUUGAACUCCAUCUUCUGGGGGACCUUUGCAGCUUGCAGGGGCCUGGCAAUCUUUUUUGCUACAUGUUUGCAACCUGGAACCAUGAUUGUGCUGAGCAACAUUGGCAGCCUGGCUUCAUCUUUAGUGCUGGUACUUUUUGAUAAGAGCCCAAUCUGUCUCUGGAUAGCAUCUUCAGUAUAUGGGGCGUCGAUGGCAACCACAUUUCCCAGUGGUGUUUCUUGGAUUGAGCAGUAUACGCCCAUCCAUGGGAAAUCUGCAGCGUUUUUUGUGGUCGGUGCUUCCCUGGGAGAAAUGGCUAUUCCUGCAGUAAUUGGAAUUCUUCAAGGAAAAUACCCCGGUUUACCUGUAGUUCUGUACACCUCUUUGGGGGCAGCAAUAGCUACUGCUGUUUUAUUUCCUGUGAUGUAUAAACUAGCCACCUCACCUCUUGAUCAUCAGCUAAAGGAAAACAGAAGACGUGAAGACCAGAAAGCUUUACUCUCCAGCUCUGGGCUAAAUGACUAUGAGGAAGAGGAUGAAGAUGAGGAUGCAGAAAAAUGGAAUGAAAUGGAUUUUGAAGUGAUUGAAAUGAAUGAUACAGUGAGGAAUUCUGUGUUAGAGACUUCUAGAAAUAUUUUGGUGGAGCCCACAGCUGAAGUCUCCAACCACUCACUGUCAAAAUUCCUUAGUGUUUGAGUCCUCUCCAGUUAGUGCUGGCAACUCCCCUGGGAAACACCUUGUCAGAAACCAAGAAAAAAAGAAGUAAAGCUUAGAGAAGAUAGAUUCCUUAUAGACUUCUUGAAUAAUUGCCAGUUCUAAAGAGGCCAGUCAGAACAGAACAUUAGCAGAUUUUCUGUGUGCUUUGGGGAUCGGAAUUUUUAGGUCAGAUUAUAGCAAAUGCUAAAAAGUUUUGAAAUGUUCUGUAAUUUCCAGAGUCUUCCAUAAAGAACCAAAUGGUCUCAUGCAGUAGGACCUUGUAUGAGACUAGUGUUUGGCAUGUGGCUGAUUAGGUAAUAUUUUAUGGCUUCACUUCUUAGAGCAAAGAAGACAUUUGUUUUUGCGAAGUUGGGUACUGCUAUAAUCAAAUGAAAUUAUCUGGGUGUUGAAUUGAUUAACUGAGCAAAAUAUCAGGUAUCAUUAUUUCGUCAGCAAAGUUGAGCAGAGUAGUUUCAUAAAAAAGCAUCUUUGGAAAUAGAGAUUUUUCUGAAUGCUUUUACCCUAUCUUCAGGGUUGGGCCAAAGAAUGAUAAUGACUCUUGAUUUCAGAUUUCUGUGAAGAGAACACAGAACAUGGCCCAAGAGACCUGGCUUCAAGCCUUCAGUUUGCUACUAACUAGCUUUUUGACUCUGCCAUAAAUCACUUAACUUACUUCGGCCUCGUUUCUCUUAUUUCCUGAUCUAGAACUCUGUGGUCUUAUAAAUGAAAAUGAAUGAUUACCACGGUGGGAAUCCAUAAGUUUUAAAGUUUGUGCAAGAUGUCUGCCAGUAAUUAGAAUAAGUGCCACCACAUUUUUCAUUUCAAAUCGGAAGUGAACUGAAAAUGAUAAAUAUCUUUAAAAUAUGCAACUGGUUAUGAAUACAUGUCAAUUAAAUAGACUUACUGUUUAAUACUUUAUUUCAAUAAUUGUCUAAACAAUACAUCUUUUAGUACUCUAUUUCAUUGGUUCUAAGAUGCACUAUUUUUCAGAUUUUUAACAUCUCUGAAAUCAGGAUAUGCUAUACAGUCAGUGCUCAUUUAACAUUUUGACGAAGUUUAAUUGAGAAUGUUUUCUUCCAAAACAUACAUAAAUUAAUGGUGUUAGAGUCAGUGAAAUACAGUGAUUCAUAAUAUGAAGAGUAUACUAUUUUUACAGGCAGUUUUAUUUAAAAGAAAUUAUUUUUAUAUGCUAAUUUUCUCUCUCGUUCUGUGCAAAUGGGAUUUGGAGAUGAUGUGUUCUGAUUUUGAACUUAUUAGCAGUAGGGCUGUAGAAGGGCUCUCUAAAAGCCCAUUGCCUACCUCGGUUGCAGGAUCUGGGCCUAAGCUUGUGGUUCCAGGGUCCAGACCUCUUUGGAUUUGCUUGUUAAUCACAUCAUAAGCACUGUAAACCAGGCUGCUAGCUUAAUUGACAAUGAGACACAGUCUUUUUCAGUUAUUGGAGUACUUGUGCCAUUCAUCCUGGGCUCCUCCCUUAGUUUGAAAUACCUGGGAAGCCAAAGUUAAGAUUAGAAGAUGGCUUGGUGGGUUAGGAGUCAGGGUACUUCAUAUGAGUCAUGGCAAAGGUGUGGACUCUACUUUUGAUGAAUGGCUAGAAUUGAUGAUAGAUUUUGUUCACCUCUCUUGCUCAAGUUUUGUGCUGAAUAACAUCUAAUUUUUACCUGGUUGCAGUAUUUCUGCUUUCUCUUAUCUAGUUUCUAUAAAUUUCCCUUUGUUUUGUCUUAAGUGGUUUUUGCUGAUUUUAGUCAAAUACAGGACCUUUCUUGACCACUGCCAUCAUCUUAAAUAUUUUCCAUGAUACUGGUUCCUGUUAAUAAUAAUAAUAUUGGAGAGUGGUGAUAGAGAAAUCAAAAAGCCUAAAAAGCCUAUUCUUCUUAUUCUUUUUGUACUAUACUUUUCCCUUAACUAGAAUUUAGUGAUCACUUUCUGUUCCAUUUACUGCUUUUUCUCAGUUUGUUGGAAUUUACACAGUAACAGCUAUUUGGCAUUUGGGACGUUUGUUAGAACAGGGGUUGUUCCUGAAACAUUUCUUUGAAGGGGGUAGAAGAUGGAGCUCAGGGCUUAAGAGACAAAUGGUAAUAAUAACUUAGAACAUUUGGAAAUCUACACUAGUAAAUCCACUAGGUUUCUACAAACCAAAGUGUAAAUGGCCAAUAUGAGAUUAUAGACAUUGUUAAAAUUCAAUAAUAUAUUUUCAUAUUGGAAGGAAAAGACAGUACAACUAAUUCCAAGAAUUAGCAUUCAUCUUAAUUAUCAGCUCUUAGUUAAGUGUCUGCUGAUUCUCAAGUAACCAAUACUUAAGUUUUCUGUUGCCGAGUAACAAAUCACCACAAAUUUAGCAGCUUAAUACAACACACAUUAUUUCAGUUUCAUGGAUCUUCUGUUUAUGGUCUCAUAGAGUUGCAUUCAAGGUGUUGUCGGAUGGGGCUAUUUUCCUUUCUGGAGGCCAGGAUCCUCUUUCAAGCUCCAUAGUUGUUUCCAAUAUUCACUUCCUUGUGGCUGUAGCUUGAGAUCUCUACUUUUUGGUGGCUGUCAGCUGAGGGCGACUCUCAGUUCCUGAAGGCCUCCUACAGUUCCUGGCCAUGUGGCCUUCUAAUAGAAGUUUGCACAACAUAGCAAUUUACUUUCUUAAAACCAGUAGAGACUCUCUCACUCCACUCUGCUAAGCUUGAGUCUUUCGUAACAUAGUGUAAUCACAGGAGUUACAUCCCAUCACUGUUGCCAUUUUCUAUUGAUCAGAAGCAAGUCCCAGGUUCCCCCUCAUUCAACAGAGAGGAUAACACAGGGACAUGACUUACUGGGUGUGUCUGCCACAUAGAACUGAAAAAUCAGAGUUCUCAAAAGAGCUGAAAACUUCAGCAGGAGUAGAAAGAAGCUUCAACAGUCACUGAAAUUGAUUAUAGUUUCAGCCCAUUGAGUGUCCCAGUGUUGGGGAUGCAAGGCUCCUCAAAGGCCAGGCCAACCAAAACUAACAUGGGAGAGUCCAUUUUUGUUUGUGGGGCAUUGGAUAGGUUAGCUCAGAGGCAGGCCUUUUUUUCUUGUUUUUAUUUUAUGUCCUUUAACGCUGUGCAUUUAAUCUGUUCAAAUGAAGCUUAAUAUGAGGGAAAUAGGUAAAUAUCAGUUUAAUUUUAUUUUCAUAAUGACAUUCAGAGACGCUUUGAAAGCAUUUUUCAAUUAGUUUGUUAUUUUUUAGGAAGUGUCUUUUGUUUCUUAGCAACUUAUUUUUCUAACAAAAGGAUAAAGAGGUAAAAAAAAAAAAUCCCCUUUUGAGAUAAAGUAUCAUAAACAAUUUGAGGUUUGUGC